AUGUCCAAGAAAAUAAUUGACAUUUUCAUCGCUACACUAGGGAAGCGCUACUGCGGAUUGUCUGUCAAUCAACUGGUUUCCAAAUUUGAUGACAAACUUUCUACAUUGUACUUUAACACUGUUGAUGAUCCAAAUUUGAACUGCCAAGCCAGUUUUCUGUAUCGAGUAUUUGCACCAAACCAAAAAAUGCAACACAAUUUGAAUGUUUGUAAAUUUUCACUUUUAACUUCAGGGCUGUUAACAAAGGCUUCUUAUUCAAGCACUUCUUAUGAUGCUACAAGAUCAGUCAGCAAGAAGAAUUUCUUAGAGGACACUUUCUCUUAUAAGAUAAACGGUACAAACCAUACAAGUUUGUAUUUUAGAGAUAAAUGGUUGCUUGAUGCCUCUGACGAUGAAUAUGGAGGAGUACUCGUCAAUGCAGAUAGACUACCAUCUGAUCCCGACAAAUUUACCUUUGUGCUUCGUGCAUCUCUCUCUCAUUGGAAAGUGAAGGGGAAGAAGGGAGUUUGGCUUAAGCUACCAUUGGAAAAAUGUGAUCUAGUUCCUGUUGCAGUAAAGGAAGGAUUUCAAUACCAUCAUGCAGAAAGAGGAUAUGUUAUGAUGACUUAUUGGAUUCCGGAGGAACCCUGUAUGCUUCCUUCGAAUGCAUCGCAUCAAGUUGGAGUUGGGGGUUUUGUGAUCAACGAUAAAAAUGAGGUGCUUGUCGUGCAAGAGAAACAUUUUACGCCGGCUCUUUCAGGCUUAUGGAAAAUACCAACUGGUUUUAUUCAUGAGUCCGAGGAGAUUUUUACAGGAAUUGUGAGAGAAGUGCAGGAGGAAACUGGCAUUGAUACUGAAUUUGUGGAGGUUAUGGCUUUCAGGCAUGUUCACGAUGUGGCCUUUCAAAAGUCAGAUUUGUUCUUUGUCUGCCUGUUAAGACCCCUGUUAAAACAGAUCAUGAUUGAUGAUCUAGAAAUUCAGGAUGCUAAGUGGAUGCCUCUAGUUGAGUUUGUGGAGCAACCUCUAAUCCAAGAAGACGAUAUGUUCAAGAAAAUAAUUGACAUUUUCAUCGCUAGACUAGGGAAGCGGUACUGCGGAUUGUCUGUCCAUCAACUGGUUUCCAAGUUUGAUGACAAACUUUCUACAUUGUACUUUAACACAGUUGAUGAUCCAAAUUUGAACUGUCAAGCCAGUUAGCAUCACAAUCUGUAUUGUUUUGUGUAUAUGUGUAAUCAAUAGGUUAUGGAUUCUGUAAAUAUACUUUAAAAUUAUUCAAAAGAACUUGUUACAGGGAGGUAACUGUCAUAUGAUUUUCUUUCUUUAUAAUUUGUAUAUUAGGUUUCUGUAUCGGAUGUUUGCACCAAACCAAAAAAUGCAUCACACAAGUAACUCUCAUUCACAUUAUUAUUAGUUUUUUCACUAUAA